GCUCGUGCCUGGUUCAAGAUUAUAUAGCGCUAAGUGUCAGUGGAAAGAACUUAAUCUUGUUUCCCUUGGCGAAAAUGUGCCGGGUUGCUCCUAGAAUGAGGAGGCAGGGACAGGGAGUACCAGUACUUGUUCUUCUUCUCGUUGGAUGCCUCCUCUCGGCAUUCUCUCUGCAUUCACCCGCUGUCCAGGCUCAAGCAGUUGGAUCAGUUCACCCAAAGGCAAGACCAUCCUCACUAGAGACUGCACAUUUGUACCCUGGACACAUGGGACCUGGGUUGGUGAGGCAAAGAAAAGAAGAUGCGGAAAACUCCAUCCGGACCCAAUCCCACAGGAAACCAUCGGCCCCCGACAAAACAUUGAAACUAUCAAUGCACUUCUGCAGCAAGUGAGGAUCGGAACUACGACUGCAACUUAAUAUGGGUCGAGUAGAGGGGAUUUUGGUAUAGUCAGGUAGGUUAGGAGAUCAGUACGGUCAGCCUUAUGUUCUUGUACAGAAGUUGGCUUAGAUUGAACGAUACGAUCUGCAAGCGAUUAUAUUAGCCAUGAGAUGCACUGUUAGUUGAGGCAAGAAACCUGAAAGCCCCAAAGAUCUUUUGCUUUUGUGGACAUCCAUUAUUAGUUCAAAUCAUUGUCUGUGAAAGUGUGAUUUUCUUCGUGCA